AUGAGGAGGCGCCCGCCGUCAGAGGCCGCCGGCGAGCAGGAGCAGGAGCAGGAGGAGGAGGCCGUGACGCUGCAGGCGCUGUGGGCGCACGAGGAGGUCCGGCCGCUGCUGCAGGUGCGGCCGCUGCCGCAGCCGGCGCCGCUGCGCGGGGGGCGCUGGCUGUGCCUGGACGCCCGCGGCUGCCUGCUUGAGGUCGGCGGCACACCGCACGCCGCCACGGCGCCGGCGGCCGGCGCGGGCGCGGGCGCCGCCGCCAGCCGGCGCCGCGCGGAUGGCGGCUCCGAGCGGCUGCCGCUCGCAGGGCGGACGCUGUGGACGCUGGCAGAGCUGCCGGUGGGCGCAGGGCCGCGAUUCGCGCUGGUCGCGUGCGACGGUGGCGGCGGCAGCGGCUGCGGGGCGGGCGCUACCUGGUAUGUUGUGUCCUGCGGCCCCGACGGCGGCCUGCUGCGCGCCGCGCCGCUGCCGCCGGCCGACGCCGCGGCGCUGCUGUCGCCGUCGACAGGCGACGCCGAAGGCGGCGCCAGCGGCGGGCCUGCUGCGGUGCGCCUGGGGCGACGGCUGUUUGCCCUGGGCACGCCGGCGCAUCCACUCUGCGCACCGUGUAGCGUGGCGGCUGCGAUGGUUGGCGGCGGCGUGCGCGAGGCGCUCAUGCGUGCACCGUUCGACGGGCUGAUGUGA